CAUGUACACAUGUACACUGAUCAUCACGGCACUGAUGAUCAGUGUGCCCUGAUGAUCAGUGUGGCCCCAGAAGUGCCACCUGUCAGUGUCCAUCAGUGCCAGCAGUCAGUGCUCAUCAGUGCCACGUGCCAGUGCCCAUCAGUUCCACAUCAAUGCCACAUAUCAGUGCAUACCAGUGCACAUCAAUGCCACAUAUCAGUACCCAUCUAAGCUGCCUUUCAAUGUCACCCAUCAGUGCCAGUCAGUGCCACCUAUCAAUGCCAAUCAGUGCCACCUAUCAGUGCUGCCAUCAGUGCCGCCUAUCAGUGUCAUGUAUCAGUGCUGCCUUUCAGUGCCCAUCAGUGAUGCCUGUCAAUGCCCAUCAGUGCAACCUACCAGUGCCUCCUAAUCAG